CAUAUAGGACCCCUGACUUUGGAAUGUGGGAGAGAGGAAGCAAGUAUAACAAUGGAUCCAAUGAACUACAUGCAAGCUCAAUUGGAAUGGCAAAAGCAGCAUUGGAGGCGAUCAAUGGUUUCAACUUAUUUGGUGAACAAGGUGCAGCAUGGUCUGUUAUUUAUGUGGAUAUCGAUGCGCAUAACAGAAAUCGGACAAUUUUUGAUACAUUGCUUCCCAGGGAAUCUGCUUCCAAGCAUACAGAUGCCUCUCUCAUCCCAACCAUAAGUUGGCCAUGUUUUUCAAUCCACGAAGAAGCACUAAAACACCAAACACUUGAUAAAGCACACAGGAAGUUGAAAGGAAAAUAUGGCUACAAACGAUUCCUAAGGGAUGGAUAUAAGACAGUCCAUGAAGAUAAAAAUAGAAAAUAUUACCGCCCAGCAGAAAUCAAGAUGUUUGACUGCAUAGA